GUCCACCGCUCUCUGCAGGAUGGCUCUCUGCCGCCUUACCGAUUGUCGGUGCGCAACCUGCGCUCCGAUCUCGUCGUUGUCAGUCCGGCCCAGCCCAGUCUCAGUCGAGGCCGCCUCGGUCCGCUACAACCGGCGUCUCACCGACUACGUCUUAACUCCCAUUUAGCCUCAGCCCUGCCCUGGACCUGGUCUUGGACCGGCCGAGCCUCUGAGAAGACCGAUCCGGUCGCCGAAGAAGCCGGCAGCCGCGCGGGCAGUGGCAAACACGCUUUCUCCAGCUGGUGGCAGGUCCCGACUGAGUCUGCUCCCAUUCAGCUCAGACGCAACAGGCGGGUUUACAUGCACCCGUCCGCCACAAGUCCUAACCCAACCUCUCGGUUAAGGAGGAAACGCCGGAACGAAUUGCCUCCGACUCCCAGAAGGGGCCCAUCACCUCCGGCCAGCUCACUCUGGAACGGACCCGUCGUCCGUCUCCUGAGAGAAGAUCAAUCUUUUGAGGGUACAUUUCAACUUGCCCAGUUGAUAUCUCAAUUUUUGCCAAUGUGUCAUGGCGUGACUGUGUGCGUGUUUAUGUGUGCAUUAAGUAAAGCUGGGUUUCAGAGAAUCUCUUGA